AUGGAGCAUGUUCCAUUUGUGGCGCGCUACGGAGACGCACUCCGGCUGCCCGCCCUUCACAUCCGAGCUGCCUACCUGGACGCGGGCUUCCCCUGCAGACCCCUGCCCCGCUUCCCCUUCCACGCGCCCCUGGGCGCGUGCGACUACCCGUUCGAGCCCGCCUUCAUCCAGAGGCGCAACGAGAGGGAGCGGCACCGCGUGCGCUGCGUCAACGAGGGCUACGCGCGGCUCCGGGAGCAUCUUCCGCAGGAGUUUGAGGACAAGCGGCUCAGCAAGGUGGAGACGCUGCGCGCGGCCAUCGACUACAUCAAACACCUGCAGAGGCUGCUCGAGCCCAUGGGAUCCUGCAGGGAGUCCAGAACCUGCUCCACAGAAGAAGGAAACGUACUUUAACUACUGUUGGACCAAAG